GCCGCCUUGAGGGAGGUAGGUGAGUGCCUCUCUAAUUUUCGACGAGCACGUGUCUUUCGUUGCUAAGUUUUACUAACUUGUGCAGUGUUUUACUGCUCAAAAAAUGACACUAAUAUAUAAAGUGACGGCAUAGUGUUGAAGUGAUUGAUUAGUGUCAGUGUUUUUUUAUGACUUUCUCACAUAAUCUUCUUUUUUAAACAAUUUUCGGGCCAAGUAAUGCUUCUUGGUGUCCAUUUUUUGCCCAUGGGACGAACCUCGGCUGGAGUACCUGAGCUCUGUUGUCCUGCUUGCGCCAGGUAUGGUUGCGGGAUCGUCAACCACCCAGAGUCUCAUCCACCAUCUCGACGAUGACGUGAUCUUCAACCCCACCAACAUCUCUCCUUCUCCUCCUCCCUUUAAUCCUCCUGUCUUCUCCUGGUCCUCCUGACUGCUACUUUUCUGUCUGUUCCCGUCAAUCUGUCAUCUCCCGUCAACCUGAUAUAUCCCGUCAACCUGACACCUCUAUCAUCCCGACACCUCCCGUCAACCUGACACCUCUCGUCAUGCCUACCGUCGCUUUCCCGUCUGCGGGCGUCCCGAUUUUCCCCAACAAGAGCAGCAACAGAGGGGACACAGCCCGCGGUCACCCCAGCCGGCCUGCACUCGGGGGUUGUCUGGGUGGGUCAUGGGACCCACUUGGGGAUGGUGGGGAGCUUGGCAAACUGCGACAUCGCCCACUUGGCAGGUCGUGGGAUGAACUCUCCUCGCAGGUACCAGAGCAACCUGCGCUAGUGCCGAGUCCUGCGGAUGACCUGCAGUCACCUGCUUUCAGCUUCAGCGACCUACAGUCACCGACAUUCAGCUUCAGCGAACUUCAGUCUCCAGGCAUCGCUAACCUUCAUCGUAUGUAUGAAGUGGAGUCACCAUCCUACCAUGGCAUGUACGACAACCACGCCACUCAUGGUCAUUACUUCACCUAUGAUGAAAGCCACACUAAAAACUUCCUUAAUCAAGAUGACGUGCAAAAUCCCAUCUUCAACCCCGCGUCUCCUAAUCUUCUUGGCUCCCCAGGACUGAUGCCGUCGUCGCCAGGCUUCAAUUUCAGUCAGUCCCCAGACAUGUUCGCUCAGUCCCCGCAGUUCACGUUCCUUCCCAACUCUUCUCAUGGCGGAGCGGCCGACCUUUCGAGGUUCCCGACUUUGGCGGCCACUGAAAGUCACUGCAAUUCUAGCGCAAUCACCUCUAAUGUCGGGGAUCCUUGUAGUCCCAAUGAGGUUAGCUGCACUCCCCCACAAGGAGGCAGUUCCAGCAUAGAUGCGUUGCUCCUGCACACCCUGGCACGAAGACCCAAGAAGAAAAAAGCCUUUUGGAACUCGUCUAUUUUCGGCGCCCCUAAGGUGGCUCUCAGCGACGACAUGACCUCCCCUCGCGACGUCAUGACGGGCACUAAAGGCCUGCUCAACGAGCCCGGCCAGAACAACUGCUUCCUCAACAGCGCCGUGCAGGUGCUGUGGCAUCUGGACAUCUUCAGGCGGAGCUUCAGGGAACUCUCCGGCCACGCGUGCAUGCAGGGAGCCUGCAUCUUCUGUGCGCUCAAG